UGGUUUUGUCUCAAGAGAUGAUGGAAGUUGGAAAUAAUAGCAUUUGUUGUUCUGUUUCUUAAAUCAUUUUUUGCCGGAAGUUCACGACGACCAUCACACCAGUCGCAGGUCGAUCCGUGCUCUGCGUCACGACGCAAGUCAGCAUUCCAAGUUUCACUUUCUCUUGUCCGGAAGACUACAUAUACGCUUGUUGCUGAACUAAUCGACAUCUAAUUUGAGGAAGACUUGCUUGUCACUGACACCAAAUCAUUCAAGUCGAUCAUCUGUGGAGCGGCUCGAUCUAAAGCAAGUCAUGUCAGCUUUACUGGAGGAAAUACGGCACGUCAGCUCAGAGGCAGCCGAUCAACUGGAAGGAGCGGGUUUUCACACGGACUCGGACAUCCAGUCGCUGACUCGACAGGACCUGCACGAGCUGUUACCUGGAGUGGAGAAACUCAAAUUGAGAAAGGAAAUCUUUGAAAUCGUACACAAACGGAGGCCGAUAGGUGUGCUCCUAGAAGAACUGAUAAAGUUCAUCCCACAUGAAUCUGUCAGUGCUGCCCUAACUGACAAUGGUGUCUGGGUCCAGUACCUCCAAAACAUGAAGGACAUGAAGACCUUACUUGGUGUUCAUAUCGAUCUACUUGAGAACAUUGGCAAAAGUCCGGUGGACCAAGGUUCUUUGUCAGGCAAGAGUCAUCCAGUGGAGCCCCACAGUAAACAAACUGAUCGCCAGCCACAAAGACCACAAGUGAUGUACCAGAUGGUUGUCCGUGGCGAAACCUUUGGAUCCCAUCGACAGCUGAUGCACCAAGUGCAGACUGGCGUCCAUAAAAGGAUGCAGCUUAUUGAAAACAGUCAGGACACACAGAUUGCUAUUGUCUUCUGCCCAAUUCGUUCACGCGUGCUGUCAGAUGUUGAUGCAGUGAUGACUCAUGUUAGAGGUGACAAACCUUUCAUUCUGGUAUUAAUGCACCAUGCUUUUGAGCCCAAGAUCACAGGGUGUGGUUAUUUUGACAAGAAUGCUGUGUUGGUGGUCAAUGUUUUCUUCCAUGAGACAAAAUGCCGGUUACUAAAGUGUUUGGAAAACCAAUCGGCUGUCCGUAAGAUACAGGAAGAAUUAUUGAAGCACUGUAGUCAUAGAAGUAAAGACACAUCAGAGUGGUACAUGGUGGAAGGGUAGGUAGUACUUCUAAUGGUAUUGGUAAUAACACACAUACUGCAAGUAUUUCUAGUAGUUUUUGGAAGUUCUAUUAAAUAAAUCUUGUAUCUUUA